CAGUUUUCUCUUUUGUCCAUCGUCUUUUUCUUCGCUCUGUCGAACGCUAUACCCAGUUCUUGAUUUCCAUUAUUUUAACAUUGAUUGGUUUCUUUUUACUUACUUGUUCUCUUGAGAGGAAAAGAAAAAGAAGAAGAGAGAAUUCUCUUGAGAUUCUGUGUUGUGAUUGAUUGAUUGAUUCACUGGUUGUUGAUUCUGUUUUCUUUUCUUUUUUCCUUUCUUUUUCUCAGAAGUGAUCUAUCUCUUUGUGGACUAUUAGAGGGUUAGGAUGGCUUCGAAAAGGAUUAACAAGGAAUUGAAGGACUUGCAGAAGGACCCUCCUGUCUCAUGUCCUGCUGGUGAUGACAUGUUCCAUUGGCAAGCAACUAUUAUGGGUCCAGCAGACAGCCCAUAUGCUGGUGGUGUCUUCUUGAUAUCAAUACAUUUCCCUCCUGAUUACCCCUUCAAGCCACCCAAGGCUUCCUUCAAGACAAAAGUUUACCACCCAAACAUCAAUAGCAGCGGUAGUAUCUGCCUUGACAUUCUCAAGGAACAAUGGAGCCCUGCACUUACAGUUUCAAAGGUGUUAUUAUCAAUAUGCUCUCUGCUGACAGAUCCAAACCCUGAUGAUCCUCUGGUGCCUGAGAUUGCUCAUGUCUACAGGACUGAUAGAGCCAAGUAUGAGACUACAGCUCGAUCCUGGACGCAGAAAUAUGCAAUGGGCUAGAAGCUUUUCUUACUUAUUAUAGUUCUUGGUGGCAUAAAUUGGUUUUUGGGCUCCUAUGGUAUCUCUUCCAUUUGUCACUAUAUGCAAACUAUAUUUUUCUAUAGGCAGCUUAGUAAUGACAGCUACCAGAUAUUAAUUAUUAAGAUACUUGAAGUUUUUCAA